AUGCUCCUCACCUACUGGAGAGUUCAUCUACUCUUCACAUGCCCACCAACGGCGAUAUUAUUUACGAUCCUCAGCCCGUUCUUGACACAACGAGACACGCUGCGCAUCGUCUUUCAUGCGCUCAUAGCGACCGCAUGGACUUAUGCACCGUGGGCGGUCAGCGGAACAGUCGGCCUCGUGCCCGUCGAGGAGAUAUUCUUCUUCAUCAUCCAAUCUAUCCUCACCGCUUGCGUCGUCUUGCUCGUCACUCUGCCAGAUCUGCCUGCGCUCGCGCUCGCGCCUAAACUGACUUCAGGCAAGCGAUCUGUCAGACCGAGCAGACUGUUGCGAUGGCUGCCUUGCGUCGUCUUCCUCACGCUAGCAGCCUACGGCUGGCGUAUCGCUGAACCCAUCCGUUCGACUUUCUACCUUGGCUGCAUCGCCUGGUGGGCUUUGCCUGUUCUUGCUUUCCUUUGGGCCCUCGGAGGCGACGCGAUUCUCCUCAGGCCCGUCCAAACGUGUCUUUCCAUCCUUCUACCGACGGCGUAUCUCUGUCUCGUCGACGUCAUCGCCCUCAGGGCUGGUACGUGGCAUAUCUCAGAAGCAACAUCGACGGGCCACACGUUCAUCUCGCGAGAUCUACCCACAGAGGAAGCCAUCUUCUUUCUCGUGACCAACAGCUUGCUCACCUUCGGCAUGCUCACAUUUGACAAAGCCUAUGCCAUUCUCGACAACUUUCCAGAGGUCAUCGCUCGACGUUCGCUUGCUGAGGCGCGCCAGUUUGGCAAGACUGCCACGCCUUUCUCCGGCAAGCCCUCGCAGGCCCGCAUGGCUCGUCCCGGUCUGACGCCAGCCUACUUUUCGCUACUCAUAAGAGCGCUGAGGGUUGACGUGCUAGGCUUCCCGCCUUCGACGAGAGCAAGACUAGAAGCUCUGCGCGAGACCCGUCGCAUUCUCGCAACAAAGUCGAAAUCCUUUCAUGCGGCCUCCUUCAUCUUCCCGACAGCCGUACGCACCGAUCUCGUCGCUCUCUACGGCUUCUGCCGGGUCACAGACGAUCUGAUCGACCACGCCGACUCGCCAGAAUCCUGCAAGAAGAUCUUGCAAUCCCUCAGAGAUUGGCUCGAUCUGCUCUACCCGCCCGCGCAUCGACCAGGCACAAAAUCGCCCAGCAAAGCAUCAUCGUUCGAGCUCUCUGCAUUUCUGUACAAGCAUAUACCCGCGCCUGCUCAGCCUGCCUUCUUGCUCAUGGCGAACCUGACAUCGCGCAUACCUAGAUACCCCUUCGAUGACCUCAUAGCAGGCUACGAGCACGAUGCUAUGGGUCGUCAGGUCAUCACGACAUCCGACCUCAUUCGAUACAGUCGCUGGGUCGCUGGCAGCGUGGCAGAGAUGUGCGUCUGGGCCAUGUGGGAGGCAGACGAUGGCGCACCUCACUCGCUAUCUAGCGAGGCUGUCUCCGAGCGCAAGAGAGUACUCAAAGCAGCGGGCGAUAUGGGCGUCGCCUUGCAGCUCAUCAAUAUCGCUCGAGAUAUCCAGGAAGAUGCCCUGAGAGGGCGGAUCUAUAUACCCAAAGACUGGUUCGACGAAGCCACGCCAACGACAUCUGUCAGCUCAUUGGCACCGGUCUCCUUGACAAGGCCGAGCCAUCGUCAGAUGCUCUUCGAGGCCGAUGGCCAGUCACAGGUUUCCAACGAAUUUGUCUACUCGGCCUAUGUCUCGCCUCUCCUGGCGCUUGCGGACCAUUACCUACGCCACGUAGGCAAAGCGAUCGACAGCUUGCCGGUGAGCUGUCAAGCGGGCGUGCGAGCCGCAACUCGCUCCUACCUCGAGAUCGGUCACAGCCUUCGACAAGCUAUAGAACUCGAAGGCGAGGACUUUGACGGUCGCCGCGUCACCGUGCCCCCUCGGCGCCGUCUGCUCGUCGUCCUGCAACAGGUCUACUUUGCAAGUAAUGACCAACGGCCCAGAGCGCGCUCGAGACCGGCUGACACCGCGCACGAGGACUGA